CUACAGUAAACAUAUACUAAUGAUAGAUUAAUUAGGAUUAAUAGAUUCGUCUCAUGAAUUAGUCUCCAUUUAUACCAUUAGUUUUAUAACUAAUCAAUAUUUAAUACUUCUAAUUGGUUUCCAAAUAUCCGAUAUGAUGGGAAUAAAGUUUAGUCACCCGGAUCCGAACACCCUAAAUUAAACAGCCACAACUCCGUAAGAUUCUGCGUGCCUAUAGCCUGGCUAAGGAAAUCCAAACAAUAAAAUUCAAACGCAUUCGUAUUCCCUUGCUGAUCCAACUAUUUCUUCCAUUUUAGACUUAAUUGCUUUAACCUUGUAUACAAUUCAGUGAAGGCCUCUUUCCACCAAAAUUCAACGUUUCAUGGAACACAUGAAAGAGUGGCCCGGACCGGUUUACUGGUCAAUCUAAACAGGGUAUUCUAUUUUCAAGAGGAAAAGAAAUGUGAAACGGUUGCGUUACAUGUCACAUCGAGAUGCUUGACAGAAGCUAAGGGAGAAAGUAUCAGGAAGGAAACGCGUUGCUGCCAAGUUGCUAACGAAUUUCCUUCCGAGACCAAAACCUGCCCCGUUCUUCACGGCCUUCUUUACUCCACUCACCGCGCAUACUGAUUUUGAAUGCUUGUUUGUCUGCCAUUGUUGACGUCAACUGGUGCACACAUCGAACUAAAGGAAGACGACACCCUUGAUCAACUGAAUUAGGCGCCAACACAUUUGGGGUGGACACUCUUUCAGCAGGUAAUAAUAUCAUUAGAACGAUGAUAUAUAUACAGCUAGUAAGCAAAACAAAGAACGGAGGAAGUAAGCGACAGACGACAACCAGUUUGACUGACGCCGCGUUGGUGCUCUUAACAAGAAUAGUUCGGUAAAUUGUUAGGCAAUUUUUGAACAGGGUCGAUCCCCCGGCCCCUUCUAGUAGUUUAUAAUGCUACUUCAAUAAGAAGCUUUACCUCGUUAACCCAAGAACACGUAAGAGAUCACCUUAAGCUUAAUCCUAGCUCGAAGGACAGCAUCAGCAUACAGCAUCCAUGGCUUCCGUCGUCGCCCUCCAAAAAGAGCUUGCAGCUUUCGUCUUCUCCCUGUCCCUCCUCCUCUCCUCCGCGCUCGGUAACCAUGGCGGUAUUGGGGCGAGGGUGGUGUGCGAGCAGCUGACGGCGGAGCUGUGCGCGUUCGCCGUGUCGUCCACGUCGCGGCGGUGCGUGCUGGAGAACACGCACUGCGCGGGGCGGCCGACGGUGUACCAGUGCCGGACGUCGGAGGUGGUGGUCGAGGACGCGCGGCUGGCGGGCCUGGUCGAGACAGACAGCUGCGUGCGCGCGUGCGGCGUCGACCGCGCCACCGUCGGCAUCUCCUCCGACUCCCUCCUCGACCCGCGCGUCGCCGGCGCCAUCUGCUCACCGGCGUGCCUCCAGGGAUGCCCCAACAUCGUCGACCUCUACUCCAACCUCGCCGCCGGAGAGGGCGUAGCUUUCUCAGAAUUGUGUGAGGUACACCGUGCGAACCCUCGCCGUGCCAUGGCACAGCUCCAGAGCUCCGGUGAGGCACAUGGCGUGCGGUUGGAUGCUGCUGCUCCGUCACCAGCUGCGCCUCCUUCAGAGUCAGCUUAAUCUCUAGAUACAUACAUGAUAUUAAUUCAUAGAUAAAUUUGUUACACCAUAGCUCGCUGAUUGGAGAGCUGUACCAUUUUUACGUGAACAUGUAUUAUUGUGAUAAUAACUUCAAGAUUACUUUCUCGCC